GAUUACUUUUCGGCAGCAAAGAUGAUUUACAGACCAUUAAUAAGUGGCAUGUAGACAAUGAGAGUCAGAUAGUGAUUAUGGAGUUUGAUAGUGUAAAAAGUCAGAUGGAUGGGGAAUCAAAAGAUGGUGAAAAUGAGGAGGGAAGUGCUGUCAAAGAGAACAUUGCUUCAACAAAAGACAGAGAAUCCACACAGUCGAAUAAAAAAAGUUAUAUUUGCAAGUCAUGUGACAAGAUAUUUCUGUUUCGCUGCCGCCUAGAGGUUCACAUGAAGCGAUGUCGAAUGGCAAAGAAAAAUCCUUUAGAAUGUAAGGAUUGUAAUGAGGUGCAAGCCUCUAAAAAAGAACUAGACCAACAUCGAGAAGAAGUGCAUGGUUGUGUGAUUUCUCCACGUUCUCAUAAAAUGAAAAGGCGCCAUUUUGUUACAUGUGACAUUUGUGGUAAAGAAUUUGCUCAUCCCUCAGGAUUGCAGUAUCACAAGAGGACAGAGCAUUUUGACGAAAAACCAUUUUCAUGCAAUGAAUGUGGGGCCAAGUUUGCUGCCAACUCCACACUUAAGAAUCAUCAGCGUCUUCACACAGGAGAACGGCCUUUUGUGUGCAAGCACUGCCAUAUGACUUUUACUCAGGCUGCUGCCCUCUCAUACCAUACAAAGAAGAAGCACUCUGAAGGAAAGAUGUAUGUCUGCCAAUAUUGCGAUGCUGUCUUUGCACAGUCAAUUGAACUAACUAGGCACGUGCGGACUCACACAGGAGACAAGCCAUAUGUCUGUAGAGAAUGUGGGAAAGGAUUUAGUCAGGCCAAUGGUCUGUCAAUUCAUUUACGAACAUUUCAUAAUAUUGAAGAUCCCUAUGACUGUCAAAAGUGCAGAAUGAGCUUUCCCACUCUGGAAGAACACCGGCAGCAUAUACAAGUAGUACACUCCAAGGAAUAUCAUCCCUGUCCCACAUGUGAGAAGAUAUUCAGUGCUCCCUCACUCUUAGAGCGCCACAUUGUUACCCAUGUGGGUGGGAAGCCUUACAAUUGUGAGAUAUGUGACAAAGCUUACCAGCAAUUGUCUGGCUUAUGGUAUCACAACCGUACCCAUCAUCCCGAUUUGUUUGCGGCUCAGAAUCAUCGCUCACCUAAAUUUUCUUUACAAUGUACUUCCUGUGACCAGUCCUUUUCUAACACAUCCAUGCUUCAGAAACAAGCAAAGGGUGAACACACUGAUGACAAACUUUUUGUGUGUGAGAAAUGCAAGCAGACAUACCCAACAUUUGCAGCACUACAAGUACACGUAAAAUGCAAGCACUCAGGGUCCCAGCCGUUCCAGUGUCUUUAUUGCAAUGAGUCAUUUCAGUUUCCAGGAGCUUUGCAGCAUCAUGUUGCCACAGAGCAUUUCAGUGAAACAGACAAUACUUUUGGAUGUGAAUUGUGUGGGGAGCUUUUCACUGCCCAGCCCCAGCUUGAGAAACACUAUGAAACAGACCAUCCUGAAAUCUUAUUUGCAGAUGCUCCAUCUACAGAGACUCAAGUGGUGCAGGUUAUUCAGGAUCAAGUAGCAUCUGCUGAGCAGGUAAUAACCUUAGAUGAAUCUCAACUGUCAAGCUCCCAAGUAAUUGUGGCAUUACCAGAUUCUCAGACCAAUCAAGCAGCUACAGAACUGGUGGCAGUCAGUAUGGAGGAUUUAUUGGAUGGGACAGUUACUCUUAUUUGUGGAGACUCAGUAACUGGAGUAACACAAAGAACUCAAAGCUAGAUUGGCAACCAGCGCAGAGAUGACAUUUCUUCAAAAUCCUUUCUUCACACUUGGAUUUUCAUUUUGGUUGUAUAGGAAAACGUUUGUUUUGUUUUUUUACCAUUUGCAAAAAUGAUUGCAAUUUCUAUUCUUUUUUUUUUGUAUUUUAAUUAAAUUUCCAAAUUUUUGGAUUUUCAGUUUUCUGGGGGGAGGGGGGUUUCUCCCUUUUUCCAGACCUCUGCUCAAUUAAUUUUUGUAUUGCAAGACAUUUUUUUCAGUCACCUUUUUUUUUUAUACCCAAGUUCAUCAUAAUAAAUGGUUUUCCAAUUUUACUGAUAUAUAUAUUUUUUUUUAUGCAGCAUAGUUUAAGUAGUCAUAAUAUAAUAUAAUGGUGAUCAAGCAAAAUACCAGAGAGCAUAAUAUUUAUUUCCAAAACUACAAGGACAUGUUAAAUAUCUAUGGAGCAAUCCGUAAAAUAGAAUUCCAGUCUUCUAUGCAUAAAUGUGCAUAAUUUAAUUUAGAGCUGUAUAAAACAAAAAUCUAAACCCACUAAUUGUUAAAUUAUUACAGCAUGAGCCUUCACAAUAGUCAAUUGCAUUAAAUGUUUUGCAUACAGUUUGAUUUUCUACUUUUUUCUAUACGUUGAAAACGUUUUCUAUAGCUUCUUCCUAUGGAAGAACUGCCUGCUAAAAAUAUUCUACCAUUGCUAAUUCAGGUAUACUUUAUAAUUUAAGAUUCACUUUGAACUCCAAAUUUGUAAAUAUUUCAUUUAUCAUAUGCUUAUCACAUAUUGUUAGUUUCUAUUGCAGUUAACCUCAUAGGUCUGCAAUUAAAGCUUCUAAUUUUAAAUAGUGUAUUUUUUUUUCUUUGGAAAAUCACAAGCAAAUAAAAUAUAUUAGGUCUACAUUUAUGGUGAGUACAGGAGUAAGUUUUGCACACACAAAUAUUUCUUUCCUAAGAGUUUAUUGUAAUUUCAGUUGCAUAAUCUGAUGUAAUGUGUUUGUAUAUUACUAGAAUGUGGUAAAGGAUGUAUUACUCCAAUUGUAUCGUUUGUUACCAAUUCAAAGAUCAGAAUCUUUGAAUUCAUUAGGUAUAAAAAAAAUCACUUUUGCAAAUCUAAAAAAAUCUUUUCUCUUUUUUUUCAGUACAGGAAAAUUGUAAACACUUUUUCCUAUUUUUUGUUUCUCAAACUGUCUGUGUGGAAGAAAAUAUCUGUUAGACUGAUUAAUUAGGAACACACCGAAAGUCAGUGUUUCCCCCAGGACCUUUUUAAUUGAUGCACCAACUAGCUGAUUUUACUGAUUACCCGGCUAAAAUUAGCUAAUAAUAUUUUUCAUUACUUAUUGCUCAGAUUAUCAUUAAAUAAAUUUAUGUUAAAUUUAUGCAAUUUGUGCUUUAGUUGCAGAAAAUGUUAAAAUAUUAGAAAGUAUUACACUGCCCCUUCCUGGCUACUUCACAGUGCUAUCUGGCUGGCAAAAUGUUCUGUGGUAAACACUGAUAUUUUUUUUUUUUUUUGUUAUAAAUACUAAAACAUAAACAUAUAUGUAUUCACACAGUAACAAUAUCUUUUAGGAAACUGAAAUGCUAUGUUCAAACAUAUUCCUUGGACCAGUACUGUUGUGUCGUUACACACAUACAAUACGUGCCCUGUUUGCCCUGAACUGAUUGACCUAAUUGCUUUACUAAUAUUGUACUUUAACUUAUUAAAGUUUAUAUGUUUUCAAAGAA